GCACAUGCUCAUUCAGUUCACUCAUUCAGUUUCUCACACAUCCUUGUUCUACUCACUCUUGCUUACAGCUCUACAGGCAGAGGCAGCCUCCUAGAUAGAAACAGCUCUGGUGGGGAGGAAAAAUUCCUUUUGACUUCCAAAGGAAACCUGGGUGCAAUCAAUCAGAACCUUCAAGCGUCCCUUUGAAGAAACUUACAGGGAAAGUGUUGCAACAUGAAUGGACCUGUGGAUGGCUUGUGUGACCAUUCUCUGAGUGAAGAAGGUGCUUUCAUGUUCACUUCGGAAUCUGUAGGAGAAGGGCAUCCUGAUAAGAUCUGUGAUCAGAUCAGUGAUGCUGUGCUGGAUGCCCAUCUCAGACAAGACCCAAAUGCCAAAGUUGCUUGUGAAACUGUCUGCAAAACCGGGAUGGUCCUACUCUGUGGGGAAAUCACUUCAGUUGCCAUGGUAGAUUAUCAGCGUGUUGUUCGAGAUGCCAUUAAACAUAUAGGCUAUGAUGAUUCAGCCAAAGGUUUUGACUUCAAGACCUGCAAUGUGCUGGUAGCACUGGAACAACAAUCUCCAGAUAUUGCCCAGUGUGUCCAUUUAGACAGAAAUGAAGAAGAUGUUGGUGCUGGGGACCAGGGUUUGAUGUUUGGCUAUGCCACAGACGAGACAGAAGAAUGUAUGCCUCUAACCAUUAUACUUGCUCAUAAACUCAAUGCCCGCAUGGCAGAUCUGAGACGCACAGGAGUUCUCCCUUGGCUAAGACCUGACUCUAAAACUCAAGUCACUGUCCAGUACAUGCAGGACAAUGGGGCCGUCAUUCCAGUACGCAUUCACACCAUUGUGAUCUCUGUGCAGCAUAAUGAGGACAUCACAUUGGAGGACAUGCGCCAGGCUUUAAAGGACCAAGUGAUCCGAGCUGUGGUGCCUUCAAAAUAUCUGGACGAAAAGACAAUUUACCACUUGCAGCCCAGUGGGCGUUUUGUCAUUGGAGGCCCACAGGGGGAUGCAGGAGUCACUGGCCGGAAGAUCAUUGUGGAUACUUAUGGAGGCUGGGGGGCUCAUGGGGGAGGAGCCUUCUCUGGGAAAGACUAUACCAAAGUGGACCGCUCUGCAGCCUAUGCAGCCCGCUGGGUGGCAAAAUCCCUAGUGAAAGCCAAAUUGUGUCGGAGAGUUCUUGUGCAAGUUUCUUAUGCAAUUGGUGUGGCUGAGCCUCUCUCAAUUUCCCUGUUCACCUAUGGAACCUCCAAAAAGACAGAGAAAGAGCUGUUGGAUGUGGUGAACAAGAAUUUCGAUCUUCGUCCUGGAGUCAUUGUCAGGGACCUUGAUUUGAAGAGGCCAAUUUAUCAGAAGACAGCAUGCUAUGGCCAUUUUGGAAGAAGCGAAUUUCCCUGGGAAGUUCCGAAAGAUCUCAAAUUUUAAUGUUGGCAGGAACCAGUCUCUUGAAGAAAACAUGAUAGGAUUCCACAUUCCAAGAUGGCCUCGGAUUUCUACUCCCUGUGACCACUCUAUAUUCAGAUCAGAGAGCUACUCAAUACUGACAGACUAAUUAUUUCUAUAGAAAUUAGUUCUGUUUUGGUCCACUGCCCUGAGAUAUUAGCCAAGUCAGGCCUAUCUUUAGCAUGUUGUCACCAUCAGAAGGCCUGGCAUAAUUCAUCCGUCUGGUGUUGCUGUUUGUAAAGGCAAUAAUGAUUUACUCUCAACUCUUGACUCUGACCCAGAACAAUAUAAUUUCAAGGAGAGGCAUAUAUCCAAGCUUCAUAGAUAUGCCAGUCACAGCUCUUAUUUCUUUAUCACCCAGGGUACAGUGGUGGUAGUGGGGUUUGGAAUUGGGGAAGUCUAGGGUCCAGGUUUAUUUCUCUUACAGUGGCAUCCUGGGUUCUUUGUAGAUCAUUCUCCCCUAUUUGCUAUGUGUCAAUGCCAAGAUUUCCCAAAUGGACCAACAACCCAAAGAUUUGACCUUCUAUUUGCAAGAUAAUCCCGACAUCAGAAAAUUCUUACCUGGGGGCCCCUAGACCUCCAAAGGGGUCCAUGAAUAGAUUUCAGGGUGGGGGAGGUGAAUUUAGCUGAGAAAACCCCUCAAGUCUUUAUUUUUCAUGAACUUCUAACUGAAA